AUGACUAUCAAAAAUGGUGCCUUUCAAGACUGUAGAAGCUUAAUAGAAGUUAAUCUCGGUUCAGUUACAGUAAUUGGAGAAAAUGCUUUUAUGAACUGCGUAAAUUUAGUUUCUGUGAUACAUAACAACGAAUGUCAUAUUAAUGACAAAGCAUUCUUUAAUUGCCAAUCUCUAAAAAGUUUUGAUUUUUCCAAAAUAUCAGGUGAAAUUGGGAUUUCUGCAUUUGAGUCAUGCUCAAGUUUAAAUGAAUUAUCUCUGAGAAAUUCACUUUAUGAUUAUGCUUUUAAAAAUUGUUUUGGAUUAAGAAAAGUGAAAUUUUUGAUACAAACUUGUAUCGAUACAGGGAGUUUUAUGAAUUGUUUCAAUUUAACUGAAUGCGAAGGCUGGUUUUAUAGUAUUCCAAAAUAUGCAUUUGCCAAUUGCAUUUCACUUACAAAUUAUACAUCAAAACGCCGAGUUUCGUCAAUUAAUGAAGAAGCAUUCUUUAACUGUUCCAUCGUUGAUCUGAGGAGUAUUAAUCUUUCUGAUAGCCCAUAUUUUGAGUCUAAUUGUUUUGCAUACAACAACUUUAUUGCUAUUACUGUUCCAUUUUUUCGUUUUAGUGGUUAUUCUUUAUAUGGAAUUUUUAAAGGAUGCCGUCAUUUAAAAUCAGUUGAAUAUCAAGCAACUAAAAUUCCAGGAGAAUGCUUUGAAGAUUGCAUUUCUCUUAGAAAUAUCAUUAUUAUAUUGCCACUUGAAUCUAUUUCUUUUUAUGCAUUUAGGAAUUGUAUAUCUUUAACAAGUUUUACAGCAAUAACAAAUCAGAUAGGAAGUGGUGUAUUUUAUAAUUGCUCUUUAUUACAAGAAGUUACUAUAAUAGGUCAAUUUACAGAAAUUACACAUGAAUUGUUUUCCCACUGCAUCUCACUGCAAAAACUAAAUAAUCUAUCAAGAUAUCAAAUCAUUGGGGAAAAUUCUUUUUAUAAUUGUACAUCUUUUUCAGAUAGUGCUAUAUUAUCUAAUUUAAGGUCUAUUAAAGAUUAUGCAUUUUAUGGAUGUAAUUUCAGUGAUCUCAAUAUUUCAGAUGAUUUAGAUAUUAUUGGUAAUUUCGCAUUUGCUAAUAAUCAAAAUCUGAAAUCGUUGACAUUUAGAGGAAAUUAUACUUUCACUUCAAAGAAUAUGUUCAAUAAUUGUAGUAAUCUAAAAGAAUUAUUCAUAAAUGGAUCUGUAACUACAAGUAAUUCUUCCCCAUUUCGAGAUUUAACAAAUAUCGAAAAUGUCACGAUUUUAGGUAGUAUGGAUAAUAUCAACAAAGAUGCAUUUACUGCGAAUUUAACUUUGCGGAAAAUAAGUAUAAGAAGUGUCAAAUAUAUAAAUGAAAAAGCUUUUCAAAAUUUCAAAGCUCUUGAUAAUGUUGAAAUUGAAGGAUAUUUAUCAAUUGGAAAUUAUGCAUUUUAUGGAUGUAGCUCAAUGAAAAGUAUUAAUAUAUCGGAUAGUUGCAUUUCAAUCGGUAAUUAUGCAUUUUUUGGAUGUAUUUUUAGUAUGGUUUUAUUCCCUGCAAGCCUAAGCAACUUUGGUGAAUAUUCCUUUUCAAAUUGUUCAUCACUAGCUUCAUUAUCAUUUAAUGCACAAGAAUUAACUUUACAGGGGCAUUGUUUUUAUGAAUGUAUAUCUUUAACAACAAUCAGCUUUUCCUCAAACAAAAUUUUACUUGGUGAAUAUUCCUUUUCAAAUUGUUCAUCACUAGCUUCAUUAUCAUUUAAUGCACAAGAAUUAACUUUACAGGGGCAUUGUUUUUAUGAAUGUAUAUCUUUAACAACAAUCAGCUUUUCCUCAAACACAAUUUCACUUGGGGAAUAUUCCUUUGCAAAAUGUAAUAUUUCAGGUUUUGAUUUUGAAGGAUCUAUAAUUUUAAUUGGAGCUUAUUGUUUUUCUGACUGUAAUAGAUUGACAUCAAUUUCAUUAAAUCUAAAUACUAGAUCAAUACAGGCUUAUGCAUUUUCUAACUUGACAAAUGUUGAGAUGAUUAAUCUCAAUGGAGUGAUAACUUCAAUAGAAGCUUAUUCAUUCCAAAAUAAUCCAGCAUUGAGAAGUCUUCAAAUUGAAAGUAUAUCGCAAAUUAAGAAGCAAUUCAUUCUAAAUUGUCCAAUGCUAGAAAUCUUUAUACUAAUGAGCAAUAGUGGAUCAGUUACUUUAUAUUAUAAUGCAUUUUAUGGCACUUCGAUUAAGAAACUCAUAAUAAAUUGUAACAUAUUAAUCAGUGCUGGUUGUUUUAAUAACUGUUUCAAUCUAUCAUAUUUAUACAUUGGAGGAUAUGUUUCUAGUCGUUACACAAAUCUAUUUUCCUCAUUAACAAACCUGGAAAAUAUUACAAUAAUUGGUAAAAUUGAAAGUAUUGAUUCAGAUACAUUCAAUUCCAGAUCUCAUUUGAAAGAAAUUCGAUUAUAUAAUGUAAACUCAAUAGGUGAAAAUGCAUUUAAAGAUUACAGUUGUAUCAUAUUUGUUGAGAUUCAAUCUGAAUCAACUAUAAUUAUUUCUAAUUCAGCAUUUUCUGGAUGUUCAUCACUUUCUCAGAUUACCCUUCCAAGUGGAUUGACUUCUAUUAAUCAAUAUGCAUUCAGUAAUUGUAUACGAAUCAAUUCAAUUAGCAUUCCACAAUCAGUGACAUCUAUUGAAAGUUAUGCAUUUUCUAAUUGUAGUUCUCUAUCAAAUUUAACAAUAAAUUCCCAAACAAUUUCACUUAAUAGUUAUUGUUUUAAUGACUGUAAUUUGAUAAAAGAUUUUAAUUUUAUUGGAGAACAAAUAACAUUGAAUUUAAAUUGUUUCGCUGGUGCUACUUGUAUUGAAAAUGUUAAUCUCGAAGCAGAAACAAUUAAUCUCAACACAAAUUGUUUUUCACAAUCAAAUGUGAAAUAUCUUUCAAUCAAAGGAAAUGUCAAUAUUGGGGAGCGUGUAUAUUCAGAAAAUAUCCAAAUUAUAUUUAUUGAUGGAAGAAUAGACUCAAUUAAAUCUACAUCUUUCUCACAAUCAACAACUUUGUAUAAUUUCACUGUUACCAGUUCAAUUUCCUUCUACUAUAAUAAUUAUAAUGAUCAAUAUAUCUCAUUUAGUGGAUGUUCGAAUCUGUCAUAUGUUUCAUUCCCAUCAGCAUUGAAAGAAAUUCCUUUUUAUUGUUUCUCGAAAUGUUUUAAAUUAUCUUCAUUUACAAUUCCACCGUCUGUCACUAAAAUAUAUGAUUAUGCUUUUUCAGGGUGCAUUUCUUUGGAAUCAGUAAAUAUUCACCAAUUGAUUAAAUAUAUUGGUGAUUUUGCAUUUUCAGGAUGCACAUCACUUAGAUCCAUUGAAAUUCCAAUUAAUGCAAAUAAUCUUGGUAUUAAUAUUUUUGAUUCAUGCACUUCACUUUCAUCAGCAACUUUUGGAUCAGAAAUCAAUAUAAAUAUGAUUCCAGAAGGAUGCUUCAAAUCAUGCAUUCUUUUAACUUCGUUUUCAAUACCAAAUAGAAUUAAAAAGAUAGGUAGUCAAUCUUUUUACAAUUGCAGUCAACUUUCAACAAUUGAUGGAUUAACUGAUUUUUCAUCGAUUGGUGAAAACUCAUUUUAUAAUUGUGCUUUUGUAUCAUUAACCAUUGAUGGUAAUAGGCUUAUUAUUAAUCAGAAUGCAUUUUCAUCAUGCAAUCAACUUGAAAACAUUACAAUUACUGGAAACAUUAAUUCAAUUUCAUCAAGUUCUUUCGGCAAUAGCCUGAAUCUAAAAACUGUGAAUUUCAGCUGUUCAAUAGAUGUUUUCCCAGAAAAUGUAUUUACUAACUCUCAAAAUAUUAUACAGAUUUAUUUUUAUUGUGUUACCAGAUUAGCAGAUAACUGUUUCAAAUCCUUUAAGAAACUUGAAUCAAUUGAAGUAAAAGAUCUAAACCAAAUUGGAGAUGAAUGUUUUUACGAUUGCCCUCAUUUGAUUUCAGCAAUAUUCUAUUCUUCUUCAAUAUCAAUUGGAACAUUGGCAUUUAAGCAAUGUAAAGCAUUAGUUAAUUUGUAUUUUGGAGGCAUUUCAUCACUGGGUGAUUCUGCAUUUGAAAAUUGUCAAAAUCUAACAUCAAUCGAAAUAAAUGGGGAAGUCCAGGUAUUACCUCAAAGAUUAUUUUAUCAAUGUAUUUCUUUAACAAACAUAACAUUUAAGAAAAUAACUUCAAUCAAAGAAAUUGGAUCUUAUGCAUUUUAUUGUUGCAGUAAGCUAAACAUUAGUUUAUUACCAUUAACAAGUAUUGUAAAAAUAGGAGAAAGCGCAUUUUAUCAAUGUACUUCCAUGACAAAAUUAGUCUUCUCUCCUUUACUUACCGAAAUCGGAAGUUAUGCAUUUUAUGGGUGUAGUGGAAUUUCAAAAGUUAGGCUUCCUUCAAGAGUUACAAAAGUUGGUGAGCAUGCAUUCAAUGGAUGCAGCGCAUUACGAUCAAUGGCACUUUCUAUCUUCAUGGAUUCGAUUGAGAGUUAUACAUUUGCCAACACAUCUUUAACACGUGUUAUUAUAUACCCAGGUAUAUUGGUAAAAGAAGACGCAUUUAAUAGUUGUUAUUCUCUGACAAUCGUUGAGUUAUGUGAAGAUGUAGUUGUUUCCUCAUAUGCUUUUCGCUACACAAAAAAUAUUAAUAUUUUAUAUUUCGCAAACAAUGUUCAACUUCUUCAAAGCUCAUUUCCUAAUAAAAUUGAGUAUAUUUACUUUUAUGGAACUGAAGAUGACAGCAGUGAUGAAACGAUUCAAGCUCUUAAUUCUAUUUGUGAGCCUAAACGCAUUAUUGCAACUUCUAAUUACAAUCAACUUACAUUCGCCAAUAUACCGGUGAAUGGAUCAAGAAUUGAUCUGCCAGAUGUCAUUACUGUGAGAGCUCCAUGCUCUCCACCAUUGCUUUAUGAAAACUACCGAGUUUUGCAAAAGCUAAGAAGACAUUAA